UCCUGUCCCCCCUGCCUCGGUGUCCCGGGUUUCCGGUCCUCCCGGUGUCUGUUCCGCCCGGAGACGGGAAGAUGGCGAUGCUGGCGCUCGGGCUCGGAGUCCGCGGCCUGCGGCAGGUGCUAAUGGAGCGGCCGGGGCUUCAAGCAAUGACUCUCACCACCAAGGCAACCGGACCACAGAAGAAGAAGAAAGUUAGGGGAGCUGAGGCUGCUGAGAUCAGGAACAGAGAUUGCCGUAUUCAAACUUCAGAGAUAACCAGCACAGAACGAGCAAACCUUUUAUCCAAGAAAACAGUGCUGCUUUUUCCCAGGAAGGAUCCUGGCCCAAUGCCAUUAUUGGGAGAGAGACUCUGGUCUGCACAGAGCAUUCCAGAAGGUGGGGAGAAGUCAGUGGCAGCCAAUUACUCGCAUGCCAUCAGUGAACCUGUGGCUGAUAAGUCAGUUGCUGAGGAAGAGUCCAGCUCGAGCUCAGACUCCAGUUCAGACUCGGAUGAAGAAACUGUGACUGAAUAUGUUGUGAAGACUCCAGUUGAAUUUCCAAAGCGUGAUCCUGCUUCCUGCACCCAAUACAGGGGUGCUGAGUGGACACGGGGAAGAGAAGAGGCAUACCGAGGAGAACUGGUCAGGAAGCCACAGGAAGUCUCCGGCGAUGUCAAAGUGCUAGUUUCCAAGAACUCGGCUCCGUCAGAGCUGGGCAAGGGGGAGGAGAAAGGAGCACAAGCUGCCCAUCUGGAAUCAACAACACACGGGAGCCCUGUGUUGUCAAGCAGUGAAAUCUGUGCUGGAGCCAUAACUCCAGUAACAAAACCAGGAGCAAGUUCUCCACCAAAAGCCAAAUCCAUAACUCAAGACACCACAGUAAGCAGCUCACCGAAAGAAUGGGUGCUCCCAGCACAAGAUGAGACUCCGGAUCCAGAGCACGUGUCAGCUCAGAAGGGAACUCCAGAACCUACUGCCCCAGCUUUAGCCGAGACAACACAGGAGUCAGUGAGAAAGCCUUUCCAAGAGUCUGCCGAGGAGUCUGUCGAGGUGGAAGUGUUGGACACUUCCUCCUACAAGAACACGCAGCACCAUGAUUACACUCCACUAACCUUUGUAGAUCUGGACGUGGAGAUGGCAAAGUACAGGUUACCUCAGCCCUCCUCAGGAAGGAUGUCUCCUCGCCACUGAAUCUUCGCACUUUGUGGUCAGCUGGUGCCUCAAGUAGGCAACAAUAUAUACAGAACACAAGAUAGAGCUAAAUCUAAAUAAAAAUCACAUGUUGAAA